AUGAAGCUGCUGAACCAGUUCUUGAUUUUGACGACCGCGGUCAUCCUCACCGCCGGACAAAGCAUCGACGAAUGCCUGAAACAAGACAGCAUAUCCUGCGUGCAGAAGACCCUGUACAGGGCCGCCAAGGGAUUCUUCGCUAAUGAUAAACUGGAACUUGUGAACGGAAUCAGCCUCGUGAAGAGUAGUGCCAACGCCAGAUCUGGCAAGGCACUUGCUUACGAUCAAGAGAUGGAGGCUGCUAAUGGCAUCGCUGAACGACAGAAUUCACUCGAGAACUUCAUUAGCGACGAAGCUGAACAGUUUUUCACCGGUCGCAGUCUCAGGAUCAAUCUCGGAUCUGUUUUCGAGAAGAUUCGCGAAUCAACACGUGCCAUCAGCGAAUCUGCCCCACCAGAAAUUCGCCAGGCAGUCGACCAGUUUGUCGAAGCUCGCAAGAAGAAGGGAUCUAUGAAAAAAAUCCUGCCCCUUCUGAUUGCCGCAAAAGUGAAGCUUGGUUUGUUAGGAGCCCUUUCGUACUUCGUGAUCGGAUACUUGGCGAAGAAGGCGAUUGAAGCGUCGGUAAUUUCUCUUCUUAUCUCCGCCUUCAUCGGUUUCAAGUCACUUUGGUCAAGCAAAACCCAACAUCACGACGUCACCGCUUAUAACGCUGGCUGGAACGGUGGAUGGUCGGGUCCCGUCAGUAGUGGAUGGUCCAGUCCCGCAGCCGGUGGAUGGACCAACGCUGCUGCUUCCGGUUGGGAAGAUCCUCACGCGCACGGCCAGGCAUACUCUGGAUACCAACACUAG